CCAGCGGCCCCGAAGGGCUAGAGAGCUGCACUGAAGGAGGAUGCUUGAUGUUCCAUCAGCCCAAUGCCCUCUGGUCUCCCUUGCCCUUCUCUUGACCGCCGGGGCGCGCGCCGCGUCGCCACGGAAACGCCGGACAGGAGCGGCGGCGCGCCAGGCGCGCUCUCGGCUCCCGGUGGAAGUGGCGGCGUCUCCUGCUCCCGCGCGCCCUGGCGGCCCGGAGCCGCGCUCGUUGGGCUCCCAUCCCGGGUCCCCGGCGGCGCGAAAGGCAAGAUGUUGAGGCGUAAUCUGGAUGACCGAGACGCUCAAACAAAACAACUGCAGGAUGCUGUCACAAAUGUGGAGAAGCAUUUUGGAGAGCUUUGCCAAAUCUUUGCUGCUUAUGUACGGAAAACUGCCAGGCUUCGAGACAAAGCCGACCUCCUGGUGAAUGAAAUCAACCUGUAUGCCUCUACCGAGACCCCAAAUUUAAAGCAGGGUCUGAAAGACUUUGCCGAUGAGUUUGCCAAACUUCAAGAUUACCGCCAGGCAGAGAUGCUAAUGAACAUGGCAAAGGUUGAAAGACUUGAAGCCAAAGUAGUUGAACCUUUGAAAGCUUAUGGGACCAUUGUAAAGAUGAAACGAGAUGAUCUCAAAGCAACAUUAACAGCAAGGAAUCGAGAAGCCAAACAGUUAUCUCAGUUAGAAAGGACACGCCAGCGAAACCCAUCGGAUCGACAUGCAGAAACUGAAUUACAGAGAGCCACAAUUGAUGCUACCCGCACCACUCGUCAUCUGGAGGAAACUAUUGACAAUUUUGAAAAGCAGAAAAUAAAGGACAUAAAGAACAUAUUAUCUGAGUUUAUCACAAUUGAAAUGCUAUUUCAUGGCAAAGCUUUAGAGGUCCUCACUGCCGCCUACCAAAAUAUACAAAAAAUUGAUGAGGAUGAAGACUUAGAGGUUUUCCGAAAUUCUCUGUAUCUAUCAGAUUAUCCAUCUCGUUUAGAUAUUGUAAGAGCAAAUUCAAAGUCACCUCUUCAGAGACCACUGUCAACUAAGUGCACAUCUGGAACUGGACAGGUAGCCACCUGUCGAACAAAAAAGGAUCAACAUGUAGAAGAUGAGGAUGAUGAAGAAUUAGAUGUUACAGAAGAUGAAAACUAAUUUAUAAAAGAAUUCACAUUUCUGUUUUCAUGUCAUAUGACUUGAAAUGUAGGAUCACUUUAUACUGACUUGCAAGGUUAAAGUAUAAAAUAAAAUGCUACUAUGAAACUGGGGGUAAUUAAAGAAAAUUAUGCUAAUAAGAAAAAAUGAUUUUUUUCUGAAAUACAUACAGCCUUUGAACAUAGUA